AUGUUAAAAAAGACUGAUCUUUUGUUUCUCAUUUACUCCUCAGCUCACCCCAAGGCAAAAUUGUUCCUCACUCAUGGAGGCAGCCAUGGUGUCUAUGAAGGCCUCUGCAACGCCGUUCCCAUGCUCAUGCUUCCACUGUUUGGGGACCAGGCGGACAACGCUCUCCGCAUGGUGUCGCGUGGCAUUGCGGAGAAGCUCACCGUCUACGACCUGACCACAGACAAACUGCUGGUCGCUCUGAAUAACAUUAUUAACAACAAAAGUUAUAAAGACAAGAUGGUGAAGUUGUCUGCGAUACACCGGGACCACCCCAUUCAACCUUUGGACCUGGCAGUUUUCUGGACCGAGUUUGUCAUGAGACACAAAGGAGCUGCCCAUCUACGUGUAGCAGCACACAAUUUGAACUGGUUUCAAUAUCACAGCCUGGAUGUCAUUGGCUUCCUGUUGAUUGUGGUUUUAACUGCACUUUGGUUGACUCUCAAAUGCUGCUUGUUCUGCACCCACAAGCUUUGCAGAAAGGUUAUGGUGAAAAGGAAAGUAGAGUAAACACUCUGAGUUUAAUGUUAAGUCUGGAAUAAUUUUAGUGGUGCGUGUGGAUCGACAACAUUUUAAAAUGAUCUCGAAAGAAUGCACUGUCGCAAUUUUUGACUAAAGGGUGAAGCUUAAUCUGCUUUUGUAUACAUUUCUUUUACUGAACAGCUUCUAUUGUCACCUGUAGAAAAGACUGAUCAUAAAAAUCAAUGAUGGGCUCAAUUCCUCAACUGAAAGUGUGACACUUAAAACAAAAACAAAAGACAGUAAAUAAAGUCACUCUCUUGUUGGA